GUGUGAUGGCGCGGAGGGUGGCAGCGCCGGGGGACUGUCGGUUCGAGCUGUUACAGUGCGGCUUCCGUAGUGCAUAGGCUGCCUGUCACAGUGUGCACGGCGCUGUGCAGAAGAGUCGGCGGCUCCCAGCUGUGCAUUCAUUUAUCUCGCUUUGCGACAGUCACGACAUGGCCUGUCUGAGGUGAUUGCGCUGUCAGGCAGUGUGGGUGCAGUCCAGCCUGCAGGAAGGGAGGGGAAGCCUGAGCCCUGUAUGGAGAAGCUUCCCUGGAAUAGAGGUCUUGAUGGGAGCUCUCUGCCCCAGAGCAUGCUGGAACUUGUAGUGCUAUGUCCCUUGUUCUGUGUGGUGUGAAAUGACAGUUCGGACAAAUCUGCCGCCAAUCCACAAGUUUUGGAUUCCGAUUUCCAUGUGAAUUUGUUAUGUCCACAUGACGGAUCUUUGGCAUAGGUUUUACUGGGGGUCCGGUGCUGAAACCACCUCCCAUUGUUUUCAAUGAGAAGCUUCGCCGCAGGAAUUUUCACGUGCGGUUUUUCAAGACCACGCCAGGAACGUCCACGUCCACCUUGGUGCGGACCCUUUGGAAAGAGCCUGCUCGUGGUUUAUCUCUAUUCAGUGGAGAGACCACAGCAUUGAAAAUAAAAACCCACCACAGAAGCGGCAGCGGGUUUCUACCGUAGGAUGCGUGGAUGAUUUUGACCGGGUGAAAUCUGCCUCCAAAUCCACAACUAAUAUUAUUCACGUAAGACGUGGAUUUCUUCAUGGCGUAAAAUUCUGCAUGGGGUAUGUUCACACUGCUGCACCCGUGCAUGUGAAUGGGAUUUCCACACGCAGUUACUUAGAGAGAGCCGUUCAUGAGUGGUCCUUCCUUCAUGAAACAUGGAUGACAGGGCUUCUGUGGGGAAGAUCAGUGUGUCUUCUGACUCUGUGUCCACCCUGAACAGCGAGGACUUUGUGCUGGUCUACAAACAAGGUGAUGACAUGCAUUCUGCAAAUAAUGGCAGUGAUGACGAGAAGACCGGCCUUAAGAUUGUUGGAAAUGGGAGCGAACAGCAACUUCAGAAGGAGCUGGAAGAUCUUUUAAUGGAUACGCCAUGUGAAGGCCAGGAGCAGCAUGCAGAGGAGGUGGAGAAAGCCCUUCCCGAUGAUCUGGAUGAGUCUUCAAAUGAAACCUCCACUUCUUCUUCCAUUAACCCUUCAUCUGUUGGCAUGCAGAAACAAGAAAUGAGCCUGCCUGUGAAACCAGCACAGCAAGAUUGCGGAGAUGGGGCCUGAUUUGUACUCGCCGGUUCCUGAUGAAGACAGCGUCGUGUUCAGUAAGCUCACGUACCUGGGCUGUGCCUCCGUGAAUGCUCCGCGGAGUGAGGUAGAAGCUCUCAGAAUGAUCUCUAUUCUGCGGGGGCAAUGUCAGAACGCACUGGAUGUUACUCUCUCCGUACCUAAUGUGUCUGAAGGGACAGUCAGACUCCUCGACCCUCAAACAAACACUGAAAUAGCAAAAUAUCCAAUAUAUAAGAUUCUGUUCUGCGUCCGAGGCCAUGACGGAACUCCGGAGAGUGACUGCUUUGCUUUCACUGAGAGUCAUUACAAUGCCGAGCUCUUCAGGAUACAUGUCUUCCGCUGUGAGAUUCAGGAGGCGGUCAGUCGGAUACUCUACAGUUUUGCGACAGCAUUCCGGCGUUCAUUGAAGCAGACGCCUCUCUCUGCUUCCAUCCCUCCUCAGACCCCCGAUAGCGACAUCUUCUCUUUUUCUGUGUCACUUGAAAUUAAGGAGGAUGAUGGGAAGGGCUACUUCAGCGCGGUUUCUAAAGAUAAGGACAAGCAGUGUUUCAGACUACGGCAGGGAGUUGAUAAGAAGAUUGUGAUCUAUGUUCAGCAGACAUCCAACAAAGAACUAACAAUUGAGAGGUGUUUUGGACUCCUCCUUAGCCCUGGCAGAGAUGUACGGAAUAGUGACAUGCACUUACUAGAGCUGGAGUCCAUGGGUAAAAGCUCAGAUGGAAAGUCCUAUAUCAUCACUGGGAGCUGGAACACAAAAUCCCCACAUUUCCAGGCUGUAAAUGAGGAGACACCAAAAGACAAGGUGCUUUUUAUGACCACCGCAGUAGACCUGGUGAUUACAGAAGUGCAGGAGCCUGUGCGAUUCCUAUUAGAAACAAAGGUGCGAGUCUGCUCAGCCAGCGAACGCCUGUAUUGGCCAUUUAGCAAGAGGAGUUCUACAGAAAACUUCUUCCUCAAACUGAAACAGAUCGAAAGGAAAGAGCGGAAAAGUAACUGCGAUACUUUCUAUGAGGUGAUGUGCUUAGAAAGUGAAUCGGAACGAGAGAGGAGGAAAACUACUGCAAGUCCAUCAAUCCGCCUUUCACAGUGUGGGCCUCAAGCAACCAACAUACCCUCACCCCCAGAGGAUGAUGAAGAGGAGGAUAAUGAUGAGCCCCUUUUAAGUGGUUCUGGCGAUGUAUCCAAAGAAUGUGCAGAGAAAAUCCUGGAAACGUGGGGAGAUCUCCUGUCCAAAUGGCACUUGAAUCUGAGUGUGCGUCCGAAGCAGCUAUCCACACUGGUGAGGAGCGGCGUGCCAGAGGCAUUAAGAGGAGAAGUCUGGCAACUCCUUGCAGGAUGUCACAAUAAUGAUUACCUUGUGGAGAAGUACAGGCUGCUCAUCACAAAGGAGUCUCCACAGGACAGCGCCAUCACACGUGAUAUCAACAGGACGUUCCCAGCCCAUGACUACUUCAAAGAUACUGGAGGAGAUGGACAGGACUCGCUUUACAAAAUCUGCAAGGCCUAUUCUGUGUACGAUGAGGAGAUCGGGUAUUGUCAAGGACAGUCCUUCCUCGCUGCAGUUCUCUUGCUACACAUGCCUGAAGAACAAGCUUUCAGCGUCCUGGUCAAAAUCAUGUUCGAUUAUGGACUCAGGGAACUUUUCAAACAGAACUUUGAAGAUCUGCACUGCAAGUUCUACCAGCUGGAGCGGCUGAUGCAGGAAUAUAUUGCAGACCUGUACUCUCACUUCCUGGAGAUCAGCCUUGAAGCCCACAUGUACGCUUCCCAAUGGUUUCUGACACUCUUUACUGCCAAGUUCCCGCUCUACAUGGUCUUCCACAUCAUUGACUUGCUCUUGUGUGAGGGAAUAAGUGUCAUUUUUAACGUUGCACUGGGAUUAUUAAAGACCUCUAAGGACGAUCUGCUCCUUACAGAUUUUGAGGGUGCUCUAAAAUUCUUCCGCGUCCAGCUUCCAAAGAGAUAUCGCUCGGAGGACAAUGCGAAAAAGUUAAUGGAACUGGCCUGCAGCCUAAAGAUUAGUCAGAAAAAGCUAAAAAAAUACGAGCGUGAGUAUCACAUGAUGAGAGAGCAGCAAGCACAGCAGGAAGACCCAGUUGAAAGAUUUGAGCGUGAAAACAGGCGGCUCCAGGAGGCAAAUAUGAGGCUGGAGCAAGAAAAUGAUGAUUUGGCUCAUGAGUUAGUUACCAGCAAGAUUGCCCUGCGUAAGGACCUGGAUAAUGCAGAGGAAAAGGCAGAUGCCCUAAAUAAAGAAUUGCUGAUGACGAAGCAGAAAUUGAUUGAUGCAGAAGAGGAAAAGAGACGACUAGAAGAAGAGUCUGGUCAGUUGAAGGAAAUGUGUCGAAGAGAACUUGAUAAGGCAGAAUCGGAAAUCAAGAAGAACAGCUCUAUCAUCGGAGAUUACAAGCAGAUAUGUUCCCAGCUGAGCGAUCGACUGGAGAAGCAGCAGUCUACAAACAAAGCUGAAAUUGAGAAAAUCCGGCAAAAGGUGGAUGGUUGUGAACGCUGCAGAGAGUUCUUUAACACCGAAGGAAGAGUGAAGUUGGUCAGCACUAAGAAGGAGAACUCUUCUGAGGAAGACACUGAUGAAGAGAAGGAGAGUCUGAAGAACCAGCUACGGGAAAUGGAGCUAGAAUUGGCUCAAACUAAACUUCAGCUGGUGGAAGCAGAGUGUAAGAUACAGGAUCUGGAGCACCAUCUUGGCCUUGCCAUAAAUGAAGUGCAAGCAGCAAAGAAGACCUGGUUCAACAGGACCCUCAGCUCCAUAAAAACAGCCACUGGUGUGCAAGGAAAAGAGACCUCUUAACACCCCCAACUCAUGUAAAAUAGUUACGUCUUUAUGAAAACAUGAUACCUUCUGUUGCCUUCCUUGGCCAGAUAUUUUGGUUUGCCUGUAUGUAAGAGGACCAGCAGUGCAGCAUGGCAGGAUGGUAGUACGUCUGUGCUUGUCAGAUAUAUGUACGAUAAGGUAUCUCUGGCCUCCUAUUAACACCUCCAGAGAAUGGUGAAGAAAAGACCUAGCUUUCCAUCAUUUACGCACUGUGGAUUCCAUUUUUCUCUUUUUAAAUGUUCAGUGACGAGGAAUUGUUCUUAAGGUAACAACGAAAUAAUGAGUAAUCAUUAGGCCUUUUUCCAUAUGCAGAAUAAGGACAUUUAUAAAGCCACUGAGCUUACGAAGCGACUUGUACGUUAUGGAAUCAUGAGCUGAUUAGUCGGUGCUUGGCCAUGAGCAGCGGUGAUUCUUAAUGCAUCUUCGCUUAAUACAGUUAAUACCAAAAUCAAUUUGUUAGGCUUAAACUAUUGCAACACAUUUAUUUUUUGUUCUUACAACCUGAGAUGGAGUUUUAUUAUAGACUAAUUGUCCUAAACUGCUUUAAAAAAUACUGUAUUUUGAGCUGCUAUAAACCUAUCAUAGGGGGUAACACGUCUUCAACAUCAAAAGCUCAGCCUUUUUAAGCCCCAGAUGUUAAAUUAUGUGGCCAUCUAAUAAUUCCAAGACGUAUCCCUAUCGUGUACUGAAACCGUAGAGUUCACUGAAAUAUAUGAUGACAAAAAGGAGCCUCAUGCCAACCUCACGUCUAGAGCAGGUGACUGUUAUCUCCAUACCCACCAUAAUGCUAAGAAGUGGAAUGAGACCACGUUAGUAUGUUGUCCUCCUUUCUAGUGGCCAAUGCAAGUUUGUAGCCACAAAGCACUGUCUGCACCGUGUAGCUGUACAGCGUAUCUAUGUGUUGCGCUCACUCAGUCAGGGAGGUAGUCCACAGAUACCGAAGAAGGUCGUUGAGAACAGUCAAAUAUCUUCAGAUGGCCUGUUCUCCAGGCAACUUACAACACUGAAAGGGGCUUUUGUUCUCUACUUUCCUGGGUUUAAAGCACUUGUCUUUGUCUUUCUGGCAAUGUUAGUUUGUUCAUUUCAGCUCUCACGCCUCACAGCUACUGUUAUAGAAUUUGUAUAUAACUUGUUAAUCCGUUAGCUCUUGUUUUGUCUGGGGCCCGCGGUAGAUCGGACGGCAAUUCUCUGAAUGCCUCAAAAAGGAGCAAGCAACAGCUAAUAUCUGGAGCCAUUAAUGGACCUUUACAGAAAAAGAUCCUGAACAGAAGACUCAUAUUUAAUCUCCAGCAGCUUUGGAAAGAGUGGGCCAAUUGUUCUUUUCCCCACUUAGGAGAGACUCUCUCAGAUUGCUCCACUUCUAGGGCUAGUAUGCAGCAGUAUGAGAUCUGCACUUUAGGUGCUAAACACAACGCACGCGUCAUUCCUUUGGAGUUACAAUGUCGUGUAGAAUUCAGACAUAGAAUGGCGGUUUUGCACCUUGUACCUUUUUUUUAAUUUAUACUUGGUUUUGUUUCGCUCGCAGUUGCUGCAUCAGUGAUAACGUUGUUUUAAGUGUAAGCAGGUUACACUAAGAGGCACUGGUUUGUGUAUAUAUGCAGUAUAUAAAAAGUUUGGUUUAUUUUGUAUAUCUACUUUUUUCUUAGUUCCUGUACUAACGCUAGCUACUGUAAAAGUUAUAUAUCUGAAACAUAACAUGAACUGCUAAAGAUUUCUUUCCCAUAUCUGCUACAGACGUCCUUUAUUGUUUUAAAGAUAAAAAGAUUGCUGUUCUUAUUUUCAAAGUGUGCUAAUAGUGCUGGUGUAGGUGCGGUGUGUAAACCCAAUGAACUAAAAUAUAAAGUACUAUUAAAUUUGA